GCGUGUGCGUGUGAGUGAGUGUGUGUGUGUGUGUGUGUAAACAAUCACUUGCACCACAUGGCAGCAGCUACAGGGAUGUGAUGCAAGUUGCUACACAGAUUACUCAGCUGGGAGCCAUUACCAAAGUGUGAACUGUCAUCACUGUCACACCUUAUCAAUUAACCUGUUGAUAGAUAACAUACAGGAUAAUGUUUCAGUUGGCUGAGAUCCGUCACAUGGUACGCAUCCCACCAUGGUUGUUUGGCCAGACACUGAAUGAUGCUGUGGUAGAAGAACUGAAUCGGAAACUUGCAAACAAAGUGGUGCUUAAUGUCGGGCUGUGUAUAGCGUUGUUUGAUGUGACGUCUUUGGGAGACUCGUACAUAUUCCCCGGAGAUGGCGCCUCACACACCCGGGCCACCUUCAGAUAUGUGGUGUUCAGACCUUUUAUGGAAGAAAUUCUGGAAGGAGUCAUCAAGUCAGCAGAUGCUGAUGGAAUGCAAGUGAGUCUUGGUUUCUAUGAUGAUGUAUACAUUCGACGGGACUCCAUGAUGACUAACUCCCACUAUGAUGAAACGGACCGCACUUGGGUAUGGGAUUACCAGACUGAUGAUGACACCCAUCACCUCUUCAUGGAUAUUGGGGAGACAAUCCGAUUUAAAGUUGUUGCGGAGCAGUUCACCGAUACCACACCAGCUGGACCAAACCUGAUAGAGGGAGAUGUUGUGGCAGACAGAAAAGAGGGCAAAAUACCUUAUAUUGUGUAUGGUGCAAUAAAUGACCAAGGCCUGGGCUUAGUGUCAUGGUGGACCAGCAGUAUUGGAGGCGGGGAUAAUGAGGGGGAGGAAGAGGAAGAAGAGUUAGAAGAGGCUGUAUGACCUUGGUAACAAAACACAGCCUGUUAAUAUAAUUUGGAAUGCUGAGCUUUGUACAUAUACUAAAAGGUUGUGGCUGCACUACUCCUCCUUGGUGCACCUUGGUUACUGCUGCUACUGAGGUGAAUGGUCGUGCUGUCAUCGGAAUUGUUUCUUCUGCUGCCUCUCGGGGCGAGUGCUUUGAAUAUCAUCUAUUGUUGUUUCUGCCACACUGUCCAUAGAAGCAGAGGAACUUUUACUGUAUUGUUCACUGUCUGAUUCCUUGGUCAUUUCUUCUCUUCUGUUGUAUUUUGUUCUUCAACAUAAUUUUUUGUUGUUCUACUAUAUUUUCCUUGAUCUCUUAGAUGCAGUAAACUUUUUAAUUUUCAUUACCUUUUAUCUUAUUCAUCAUCCAAUUAAUUAUUGCUCAGGUUUUUUAUUGGUGUGUUUCCUCGUUCAUUUGCUGCUGGUCUUCUAUAUAACCACCAGCCUCAUCUCUAAGGGUGAUCACCUCUGCUUCUGAAGUUGACCAUCACUUGUCUACUGUAUAAUUAAUAUCCCACAUCUUUUAUGUUUGCUUUUGUUAUAUCUUCCUGUACUGCUAUGGAUUCAGAUAUGGGUUUUUCUUUAUUUACCUUGUCUUAGUAUUUGCCUUUUAUCCUCAGAGGAAUUCUCCAACUCUAGAAAAAAAGUCACUUUCUUCACUCUUGCUUCCUGAGUGAUCAUUAUGUUUUGUGUACUUUCCUUAUCCACUUAAUUUCUCUCUCUCACUUUUUCUCCAUACAGUACUGUAAAAGUUUCCUCCGUUAGUUAAAUUCUCUGUGGCUUGUGGAGACGACCAUUUGGGUUUUGGUUGGUAUAGGAUUUGAGGAGCUUAAUUUUGUUAUAGUUUUCUUAGAGGUUUUAAUUGAAACUUUUAUUAAUUGAACAAUAUGGAUAAGUAAGGGAGACAAUGAUGCUGAUGUGUUUAAAGGAUUGUGAUGUGUUAAUAGUGUAAAUAAUAUACUGUACUAUAAGUUUAUUGUCUUUGCACUGUUUAGAGCUCCAGAAAUUUGAAUUGAAAUAUGAUAUGUAAUACAGUAUACUUAGAUGUUGAGUUUAUUACUUUGAAGUUAAUUGCUUCAAUAAGAUGAUCCCUUGUCAAUGCUCAAAGUUACUUGAAGUAGGUUGUUUGGGUCAUUGGUGGUUAUAUUAUAUGGGAAAUUUUUUACAGCAUUUGUACAUCAGGAAAUUUUAGUGAGUGUAAUUGGGAUGUUUACUCAAAAGUAAUGUUCCUGGUAAUUAUGAAUUUAAUGGUAAUGUCAGCAUUCUCAAGCAGGUCGUACAAUUGUAUUAAAAGCAAAUAUAUAAUGAUUAUCUUUACUGUAAAGUUAUGUAAAAGGUUUGACUCCAGCAAAGUUAUUAAAACUAUUUGGUUUUACACAGUGAUUGUAAGGAUACCACAGAGAACUUUUUGUGUAUCAUAUGUAAUUUGUAUGGGCUAAAUUAUUUACAUUGUGAAUGGCACUUAAUGUCAGUAAUCCACAGUUUUUGGUUCAGUUAUCCACAGUUUUUGGUCAUCCUAGCGGUACUGAACACUGACUUGUCAAAUUUUCACAGUUUAGUUGUAAAACAGAGAUGUCUACUAAUUCCUUGGUCAAGCCAUUUUAUUUGUGUAUUGUAGGUUGCUACUAAAUAUCACAUUAGGAAGGGAAGUAUGAAUAUGAAAUUCGCUUGUAUUUUUGCCCUAAUAAUAAAAUGACUAAAUAGAUUAACGGUCAAAGAAAAAUUAGCAUAGUAGGUAUAUAGAAAAGUUGACCUGUCUUGUAACUUUAUGUAAAGUCAUCAGUAAAAGUACAUUUUGAGCUAACCUGCAUGGUAUGAGACAGUUGAUUUGGUAAUACUGUAUGGGGAAUAGUUGAUAGAUAUGCUUUAAGUGGCUAGUAUGUGGCUAGUAUUUAAUAUUUUUUAUUAUUGGAGAUUACCUAAGAAUACAGGUAAUCCAAGAUCAUAAAUUUUAAAUAAAUAGCCACUUUACAGGGGCGGAUCUAAGAAAAUUAAAAGAUGGGAGUUCAAGAAGUCGCAGGUGGGGGCGAGCACAGUGAGCCCACACAAUAAUAUGUGCAUUUUGAGGCCAUUUUGAAACCAUGUUCACUUAAUAUUAGGAGAUAUUCUGAGGUUAAUUGUAAUUACUUUUUACUAUACAAAAAGUUCUGAGUACAAUAUGUACUGCUUUAAAGAAAAAGUAUCAAAAUUUUUUGAUGAAAAGGUGGAUCCAGCCCCAGGGUCCCCCCCUCCCCCCAGAUCUGUCUGCUUUAAUCAUAUCUGUCAUAUCUGUUGUUGACUGUACAUCUGGCCGAGGCAGUGAAGCUGCUUUAGCCAGUAGUAUUUCCUUACAAUAAGAACUCAAACUGUUUAUUACUACUUACAAACCACAAAUUUCUUUGUUAGAAAAUAUAAUUGUGUAAAUAAACAAACAAAUAAGGUAAAAAUAAGCAUACUAGUUGCCAUGUGCCUGUAAACAUAACCAUUAGUGAAUUAGGUUAAUACUGGGUGAAGACUUGCAUGUCAAACCCACUUAGCUUAAUUCUGUGUAUUAUAAGACCGCUAGGUUUGGUUUGGUCUGUUUUGUUAGUCAUCAUAAAUUAUUUGCACUUGCCUUGUUUACAGGACUUUUUGACAUUUAGUGUGCCAUAUUUCAUAUUAUUUUCAGUUUUACUUGGUCUUCAUCAUUCUGGUGUACUAGUGACCUGCUGUUUGUAAGUAACUAAUAUAGUACUCUGAAUGAUUUAUGUAAGAAAUUUCUGCAUAAUAGCUGUUGACUACCAAUUAAUCAUAAUUCACCUCAGGAACUUCAACAGAAAUACGUUAUGUCCAGAAAACUCAAAACUCCAUCAGGCUUUUGGUCCCUACACUCUAAGGUUUUUUAAGACAUUUUUUUUUUUGUUAUAAUCUCAUUUUAAUCUUCUGUAUGGUUAUGUUCACUUGAAUAUUAUAUUUACCAUUUAAGUUAGGAUUGUUAAUGUAAUUGGUGGAGAUUUUAUAUGGAAACUGUGAUAUUAAUUAAUGUGUAUAGUAUUCAUACAAGCUUAUUGUCUAAUACAUACAUAAAAUACAAA